AUGGUUUGUCUGUUGGGUCAUGGCUUUUCAGCUUAUUGUCUUCAACUUGCAAAUAAAUUGCAAUUAGUGGGCGGAGAACUGUACUCUCGGUUGGCUAAGAUGCAGUUCAUAUUUUUUCUGGCAGUUUUGGUUUUUUUGGGAGGAGCCUUGGCACAGCCUGUCAACGAGGAUCAUGUUCCUGCCGUCACUUUACAGGAUGUGGCUGACUUGGGUGGUCAGGAGGCGAAAGAAGGUGAAAGACCAGCACGCUGGAUUUCUGGAGGAUGGGGUGGAGGUUGGAAUUCAGGAUGGGGUGGCGGCUGGAAUGGUGGAUGGAGUCUUUCAUAUCGUCCAUGGGGCAAUAGCUAUAGUAACUACUGGUGGUAG